UAGGGAUUGUUAGUUUAAUAACGGAAGGCGCGUGCUGGACGUUUGUCUGUGAUGGGCAGAACCCAGACAAAGCAAAGGCAACUCAGGAUGCCUUAUGCACGGAAAGACCCACGUAUGCUCGGGCCGGUUGAGAAAGAGGGAGGGCUCGAGGUGUCUUUACUCAGGCGAGUCAGAGCAGGAGAGUACUUCUCUUCAUGGUGGGGCAUGCUGAUAGGCACGGACACCUUUAUCUGGAUCGAGUCUGGGUUUGAUGAUGAGCGGGAAUGCGCAAUUGUAAGGGUGACCCUGUACGCCUCAGCCGCCUUCUGGAUCGAGCAUGGGAUAGAGUUGGCGCUCAGGCAUGGGAGCCUGCUUGCUAAGCCGUUGAGGGUAGCCGAGGCAGCCGCGACAAAGUGGGCGAGGGAAGUGUCCCGCGAUGGGGAAGAGCGAAUACUAACCCGCGUUGUUGUCAGCAUCAUGGCGGGAGAAAGCGGCUUCGCCAAGAUCCUGCUUUGGAGGAGUUCGUGCCAAAUGAAGGUGUUGUUGCGUGGGGGAUGCUCUGUUGCACCAGUUGCGGGCCCACCAUCACAGGCAGAGCUAAAUGGGCUACAAAAACAAGUAGGGGUAUUGGAAGAGAGGUUAGCACGAUUGGAAGAGGCCAGGAAUGGCAAAAGGAAGGCCUCUGAGGGAGCAUCGAGUGGGCCGACUGCAGGAGGCGAGGCAGAGGCAAUGAUGGAUUACCAGGAGCUACUCCCCCACAAGAAAGCCCCGCGAGGACGAGCUUGCGCCCCGGAAAGGGGUGGAGGUGAGGGGGUCAUUGAGGUCAAGGAGGAGCAAGAACCCAGUAUGGUUCCACCCGUUAUUGCGCCUGAGCCAGAGGGAGGGCCCAUUAACAGGGAAGUACCCUUGACUGCGGGUCGAGGGAGGCAAGGGAGUGAGUGGUGGCCAGAGCACUGGGUAAAGGUGGUAUGUGAUCAUUGGGGAAAGAUUGGUCGCACCCCUCAAGGAAGUAAAGAAAAGGGCGUGACGGGAGAAAAAGGAGAGCCUGAACCUCCCAAGUUGUCCAAGGCUCAGCGGAAGGCGAGGAAUCAGGCCCAGGAAGGUUAGGGUACCGGAAAGGGGCAGUGCUCACGACAGGUGGAGGCUGCACCGCAAGAGGUGGAAGGCGGAGCAGCACAAGCG